AUGUCGUUUUGCUUGGCGGCGCCGGAGGGCUCCGGCCUCCAGGAGGUGGCAGAGGAUCUGUGCUCCGAAGCAGCGUCUGCCAUGGAGUCCCUGCAGGACCAGGAGACCCCGCUGCCCAUGAAGCGCCGCAGGCUGCAGGGCCUCAAGGAGAUUUGCAGCAGCUUUGGCUUUGUGCCGCGCCCGGUGCACGACGGUUCCUUCGACGUGGCGGACUUCUUCUGCGUUGCUUUGCCUCCGGCGCCAGCUGUUGCCACUGCGCCCCCGGAAGGCGGCAAAGUGGAAGAGCCUCCGCGGAAGAGGCAGCGCACCAAAGCUACGGCUGAGCCGAAAGAUGAGCCGGCCAUGGAGAAGGAGGCGGACACCAUGGCAGACUUCCAGCAGGAAGUGGACAACGCCUGGGCGAGGAAUGAUGACAUGAUGUACCACAUGCUGCACCUGGCCUUACGGCUGCACUCUACCAAGACCCGGCCCAAGGACCUCACGGCGGGGGACAUGCAGGUGUGGCUGGGCCUGGCGGGCGCCUGCAUCGCGGCGGUGCGGUGCCACCGCCAGCGAUGUGUGGCCGGGCGACUCGGAGAGAAGUGCCUCGUGGCUUUGUAG